AUGGCGACAAAGCCUCUAGAGCCUUUGAAAAGAGUAAAGAAACCUUCCUUUUGCAAGGUCUUGAUUGGGGACUUCCCUACCCAGUUGAGAAUCCCAGAAGCAUUUGUCAAGUAUUUUGAUGGAGAAGUACCCAACAGUUCUGUACUUUGGGGUCCUUCAAUUUCAAGAAAAACUUGGAGGGUUGAUUUGAAGGAAGUUGAUAACAAUUUGUUUUUCCAAAAAGGUUGGAGUGCAUUCGUGCAAGACAAUUCCUUGGAAAUGGGUGACUUUCUACUUUUUCGUUAUGAUGGGAGUUCAAAUUUUUCUGUAAAAAUAUAUGGAAGAGAUUGCUGUGAAAAGAGUGUCGCUGGAGCUAGUAGAACGAGUUAUACACCUGUUUAUGGCAAUGGAAAAGAAGAAAAGGAGAAAAUGAGAAAUUAUCUAAAGAGGAAAAGUGAACAAUUAUUGGUUGGUACUGGAGAAAAUGACGAAAAAAAGAAACGGGGAUAUCAUAAAAAAAUGAAAAGAGAGAGAUUAUUGGUUAGUACUGGAACUAAUGAAGUUGACACCAAGGAAAUUGAAGUAAUAUAUAUUGAUUCUGAUGCUAGUGAUGAUAAUAUUGGCAAGUGUAUGGGGUCAAUACGAAAAGAGAGAACAGGUAUAGAGGUUAUUCCAAGGCAUUUGUCUUGUAAACCUCCAAAUAUUCAAAAGGGUGCUAGAGCUUUUGAAGCAGCCAGCAAAUUCAUCUCAAACUAUCCUUCCUUUCAAGUCUCAAUGUACCCAUGUUAUGUGAAUUCCGAUAAUCUGAAUGUGCCAACUAGCUUCUUCAAGAUAUAUAUGGAAAAGAGGGAACGAAAUGUUACGCUUCAAACUUCAGAUAAGUUGUGGACUAUGAGAUUAGUACGAUAUGCAAACAGCAUGGGUAAAGUCUAUGGCAAGCUAAGACAAGGUUGGCAUGCCUUCGCAAUUGGGAAUGCUCUGAUAGUUGGUGAUGUAUGCGUUUUUGAACUAAUUGACAAGACUAAUGGUCUUUUUAAAGUUAGUAUCUUCAAAAGUUCUAGUUAA